AACUACAAACGUGCCGUUAUGGCAGCGAUUAGGUAACAGUGUGGUGGUAGUACUGCUGGUGAAAACUUGCAUUUACGACUUGUGCUCAAAGAUAGAGGCUUUACAUUCCUCAUCUGUUGUGUUGUAGGUGUUCGGCAUUCAUGUGCGUGGUUUGCAUUGCUGUUACCACGGAGAGAUCUACUGGAAUCGGAACGCUUUGUUGUAGCGUGAACAGCUGAUUGGUUUUGUUUCGUGCAUUCGAGUGGGGGGUAAACAGUCGUUCUUCCCAGAUGCGGGGCUAAUAUGGGCUUCUGUCUCCAACUACGAUUGCUGCUAUGGAAGAAUUAUACCCUGAAGAAGAGAAAGCCACUUGUGCUUCUCUUCGAGCUCGUUAUUCCUCUGGUGCUAUUUUUCAUCCUCAUAGGCAUUCGCAAGAAACAGCCGGCGUACCCUGUGAAGUCGUCUUCCUUCCCUGCAUUUCCACUGCCUUCUGCAGGAGUGAUUGCUGUAAUGCAAGCAUUCUGCGACAACGGUGUACGAGACGAAAAUGGGUUUGCAACUUUUCCAAACAGCACGGUGACAGCAUUUCUGGAACGUCUCAAAAACAUUUCGCAGCACCACAACUUCUUCCAACCAGGAUUUACUCUGAGCGAAAUGGAUCUCAUUCCAUCGAUUUUUCGUACUGUAGUGGAAGAUCCGGUUGCGCUGCAUGAUUGCUUUAUGCAGGCACCAGCUAUGAGGGUCGACUAUUUUCUCAAGGAUCCAGGGGGUCUCGGAGACUUCCUUGUAGCCAAUUUUUCCAUGCCACGUAAAGAGAUAGACGUCCUGCUAUCUGGAUCUCUCGACAUGAAGCAGGUUUAUUCAACGAUCUUUGGAAAAUUGGAUGGUGAACAACCAUCAGAAGGUAGCACGCGGCUGGUUCGUGAUGCGGCACUAUUGUACGAUACAUCUCCCGUACCUUUAGAGCACCUUUCACUGAGGCAUCUACAUCAAUUCUUGAACAUCCUUCACCAUAACCCAAAGGGAAUGGCUCAGCUGUUGAGCAUUGUGCAGUGGAUAUUUAACACUGACACGGCCCACUCACAUGCUCGGCGUCCACCUCAUUUUGACCCAGAAGAAGUUGCCUCAAAUCUAGCGGCAUUGCUACUUUCUCCGGAAGUGCUGAGGAUGUCAUUAUGCCAGUCAAAUGAGAUGCCCACCAUCAUAGUUAUAAAUGCAUCUUUUACCGAAGAGAACAAGGCCCAACUCCAUGAUCGGUUGUGUAAUUUAACUGAUCAACAGAUGGACAUUCUUUCAUCUGCACUUAUAAGUCAAGUGGACAACGCAAGAGUAGCAGAAACUCUGGCACUGGAUCAAUGGAACCUCUCUGCAGGACGUGAACACGUGAGAAAGCUAGCUGAUGAUUUGCACAGGUUCAACUUGUUUGAAACUUCGGUACGUGAGAUUUCGGAGCUGGCCUCCGAUCUUCCUCAAGAUGCAUGUCACAAUUCGAAUGACACAGACGUAGAGGCGUCACUAAAUGACACAACGAGCGAAGCCCGAUCUCAUGUAAGCAGCAAACAAAAUGUGCUGAACAAGGUCAAAAAGACAAAGCCUCAGUAUGGUCUUCUGCGGAUAUGGCUUGGGAUGCAGCGCAUGAUCUGUGGAAAAGUGAGCAAGGCUUCUACAGAGUCAAUAUCGGCAGACGACGGGAAUCUCAAUCUUGAUGACAUUGGUGUUUCUGAGUACCAGAAAGAACAAAUCGGAAUCCUGGUACACGUGCUGUAUAGUAACCCCAAAGUUCUGUUUACCCCAAACAACACUGCAGCCAACCUCAUCAUAAAAAAGGCCAAUGAAACCUUUGAGCUGCUUGACAUGGUGACCAGGUACUCCAAAAAGAUGCUCAACGUCUCUCAUGACAUUCGCGACUAUCUGGCUUGGAAUACAACUGAUCACUCACUGGCUAUACUAAGACAUAUACGAGAGAAUCUUCGUCGCUACCCUCUCAUACUUGAAGUGACUCGGAGUGAGUCCCUGCAGACAUUCGCUUUUGGAGAUGGGAGUGGUGCAUCAGUUAUAGAAGACAAAGAGGCAUUUGUGCAUCGGCUCGACGUCAUUGACAACGCUGCUUGCUCGUGGAUAUCUCUCAUGUCAGGAUUGAGUCUGAACAUGUUUCGUGGGUUUCGCACGCAAGAGGACCUCAUGGCCUAUUUUAAGAACCGGGCCUACUUUGAUAAUGUCACGGUGCUCGCAAGUGUGUUGUUUGGAAUGUCCCCGAAUGGAUCAAUGCCGAGGCAUAUGACGUAUACUAUCAGGCAGAAUGCUUCUUUCACUUCAACCACCAACUUGAUGAGAAGCCGUUUCUGGUUCCCUGGUCCACGUAACUGGGGAUACGAGUACUACCAGUUUGGAUUUGUCUGGCUCCAGGACAUCCUGGAAAGAGCAAUGGUGAAUGUUUAUACAGGCCAAGAUAUUACUGCACCAGGAACUUAUAUCCAUCAAUUUCCUUAUCCGUGUUACAUUCAGGACCAGUUCUUGUUCAUGAUCGAACACGUAAUGCCCCUCUGCAUGGCUAUUUCCUGGGUGUACUCCGUGGCCAUGUUGGUUCAAAACGUGGUCUACGAGAAAGAGAAGAGGUUAAAAGAAGUAAUGAAAACCAUGGGUCUCAACAGUGCUGUUCAUUGGCUGGCAUGGUUCAUAAGCAGCUUCGUACAGAUGACGAUAACGGCAGCAAUUCUCACGGCUCUGUUGAAGAGUGGCCGAGUGCUUACCUACAGCAACCCUUUCAUAUUCUUUCUAGUCUUGGAGACCUUUGUUAUUGCCAACAUCACAUUUUCGUUUUUAGUGAGCGUGCUGUACUCUAAAGCAAAACUGGCAGCAGCGUGUGCGGGCAUCAUCUAUUUUCUGUCUUACGUACCAUACAUGUAUAUUGCUGUACGAGAGGAGGCGGCCCAUGACAACAUUCCUGCAUGGCUUAAGACACUGGCUUCUCUGCUGUCAACAACUGCAUUUGGGCUUGGAGCCAAAUACUUUGCCUUCUACGAGGAAGUGGGAGCUGGCGUGCAAUGGUCCAACUUGGGAGUGUCUCCCCUGGAGGAUGACUCCUUCAGCUUAGCCCAUGUUGCAAGCAUGAUGCUAGCUGAUGCUCUUCUCUAUUCUUUCUUGGUGUGGUACAUCGAGAAUGUUCAUCCAGGGUCGUACGGUCUCCCAAAGCCUUGGUACUUCCCGUUGACUCAGAGCUACUGGUUAGGUGGUAGUCGUCCCGAUGGAGAAUCAGGCCUCCUCUGCUCCUUCUGGCACAAGCUGCUAGGCCAGCAUCAGAGUCCUGCAGAUUUCCAAUCAAGUGAAGAAGAGCAAGCGUGUGCACUUGAGGGACGAGCGCACAUGGACAGUGGGUAUUUCGAGCCUGACCCAGCAGAGCUGCCAUUGGGUGUUUGCAUUGACAACCUAGUAAAGGUAUACAAAGAUGGAGAUAAGCUGGCAGUGAACCGACUGAGCUUGAAUUUGUACGAGGGACAGAUAACUUCGUUUUUGGGUCACAAUGGAGCUGGAAAAACCACUACAAUGUCUAUCUUGACAGGACUUUUUCCUCCUACUUCUGGUUACGCCACAAUCUACGGACGGGACAUACGCACUGAGAUGGAUAUCAUCCGCCAAAGCAUGGGAAUGUGUCCGCAGCACAACGUGCUCUUUGACGAGCUUACGGUGGAGGAGCACUUGUGGUUCUACGCCCGUCUGAAGGACACCCCAGACAGCAGCAUACGGGACGAGAUGGACAGGAUGAUCCAAGAUUUGAGCCUACCUCUGAAAAGGCAUAGCAAGGUCGACUCAUUGUCAGGGGGCAUGAAACGGAAGCUGUCGGUAGCCAUAGCAUUCGUUGGCGGUUCGCACGUCGUCAUUCUUGACGAGCCGACAGCAGGUGUCGAUCCCUACUCGAGACGUGCCAUUUGGGACCUGAUCCUAAAGUACAAAAAAGAUCGUACGAUUCUGCUAUCAACACACCACAUGGACGAGGCAGACGUCCUGGGUGAUCGCAUCGCCGUCAUUUCGCAUGGCCAGUUGAGAUGCUGUGGUACUUCACUCUUCCUGAAAAACAAUCUUGGAGAGGGCUACCAUUUGAUACUCGUCAAGAAACCAACCCAAAACAGCAUGACAAGCAAUAAUCAAACCCUGUAUUGCAUGGAAGGUGCAGUGAGUGCAUUCAUCAAGAAACAUGUGCCCACGGCAGUGCUAGUGUGGGAGUCUCAACACGAACUUCAUUACAUUCUCCCGUUGGCUGAGUUGAAGCGCGGCAGUUUUGAGAAGCUGUUUUCAGCCUUGGAGACCAGCCUGGAGAGGCUGGGCAUUUCCAGCUAUGGCAUCAAAAAUACUACGUUGGAAGAGGUAUUCCUCAAGGUAGCCCAGGAGGCCGGCCACUCUGAAGACGAAAGAUGUGCAGAACCUGCAAAGAGGCCAAAGGUUGUUUCUUCAGCGAAACGCUGCCGCUCGGAGGAGAAACAGCCUCUGACGGAUUUUGGGUGCCCACUAAAUGAUCUGUCAGGUACUACUGGACACGGAGAUGACAGAAACUCGGAACACCACAAUGGAUUUGCAAACACAGCAGACGACGACUACGGCAGCUGGGAAGGAAUGGACAUUGGCGGUCGAGUUAGCGGAAAGCUUCUCCUGGUGCAGCAACUAAGCGCCAUCUUAUUGAAGCGAUACUGGUGCACUCGACGAAACUGGAAGGGUCUCUUUGCGCAGAUUUUGCUGCCUGCAUUCUUUGUGGCUGUUGCUAUGUCAGUAGCCCUUACUGCCCCCCACGUGGAGGACCCACCUUCCCUUGUGCUUUCUCCAUCACGCUACUACAACUAUACCCAACCUGGAGGAAAUGUUCUUCCGUAUGCUUACCGGGACGGAGAGCACACCAGCUGGAGUAAGGAGGCAGAUGCCCACCAACUGGCAUCGACUCUGCGACUUCCAUCUGGGAUAGGAGCUACCUGCGUGCUGCGUUGGCCACUCAAUGGCACAAGCAGCAUACUGGUGCAGUCUUCUUCACUAGCCAAUUACUCCGAUCGCUCUCUAGACUGGGACAUGCUGGGCGCUUUUGAGCCACAGUGCCGCAGUGUCUUUGUCCCGGGGCUCCCACUCGACAACUUUGUCCCACCGCUGCCCACCGUGGAGACAACUCAUGCAACCAGUGGGUCAGACACACUGACAGCUCCUGGAGCCACUCCGAUUCCCCGCUCAACACAACGUCCAGGAGUCGAACAUCACGAGCGCUUUUACCCAUACUGCGAGUGUUCGUCGGACAAGACCGGCUAUGUCUGCGAAUCGACGGGAUUUCAUGACCCCCCGAUGUUCCGAGCUCUCACUGGGGAUAUUUUGUUAGACAUCAGCAGCCAGAAUGAGCACGAGUACUUUCUCUACACUACAGACAUGUUUCGACUGAGACGAUAUGGAGCUUUCUCUUUUGGACUCAUCAGAGACUAUGUGCCCAAGAACUUUGGUAAAGAUGCCCCAGCCCUUUUCAGAAAGAUUGCAGUACGUAGCGUGGCCAAGGUGUGGUACAAUAACAAAGGCUACCAUGCAAUGCCGACAUACAUAAACAGCAUGAACAAUGCUGUUCUCAGGGCAAACCUCCCUCCUGAAAAAGGGCAUCCUUCUACCUAUGGUAUCACGGUUAUUAACCACCCCAUGACAGAUACAUCGUUUCUCUUGUCCAAGGACCAAAUCUUACAAGGGACCGAUGUGCUGAUCGCCAUCUUCAUCAUUGUUGCAAUGUCAUUUGUACCAGCCAGCUUUGUGCUGUUUCUUGUGUAUGAGCGCUUUACCAAAGCCAAGCAUCUCCAAUUCGUCUCUGGAGUCAAUCCUGUGGUCUAUUGGCUAGCCAACUACUUCUGGGAUAUGUGUAGCUACGUAGUACCAGCCACCUGUUGUGUUCUAAUUCUGCUCAUCUUUGAUAUACCAGCAUAUACAUCUGCAAAAAACUUUCCUGCAGUCCUCUCCCUCUUUCUUAUGUAUGGGUGGUCAGUUACACCAGUGAUGUACCCAGUGUCAUUCCUGUUUAAGGAGCCUAGCACUGCCUAUAUAUUUCUCAUCGUCAUAAAUCUUUUUGUGGGCAUCACGUGCAUCGUCACUAGCUUUCUUCUCGAAGUGUUCUCCUACGAUGCCUACUUGGGGGAAUUGCAUCACGUUUUGAAAACGGUGUUCCUGAUGUUCCCUAAUUACUGCCUCGGGAGAGGUCUAAUGGACAUUGCCUUCAACGAAUACCAGAACUUCUUUCUUUUCAAAACAGGCCGUUACGAUCGUAUGCGUUCACCGUUUGCCUGGGACUUGGUGACCAGGAAUCUGGUGGCCAUGGCCUUUUCGGGUACCCUUUUUCUCGUUCUCACAUUAUUGCUGGAAUUCAACUUUUUUCUCAAACCCAAGAGGGUAAUUGUUCCUGAAGCCCUGAAUGUUGAAGAAGACGAAGAUGUCCAGCGCGAGAAAAGGCGGGUACUGAGUGGUCGUGCCCACACCGACAUGCUCUACCUGAAAAACCUUACAAAGAUUUAUCACACAAGGAAACUUGGGAAGCACUUAGCUGUAGACAGGUUGUGUCUCGGAGUUCCUAAAGGGGAGUGCUUUGGUCUACUAGGUGUAAAUGGAGCUGGGAAGUCCACCACCUUCAAGAUGCUUACAGGUGACACAGGAAUCACAUCUGGGGAUGCCUAUCUGAAUGGACACAGUGUGUGCCGAGACUUUGCCAGGGUGCAGCAAUAUGUCGGCUAUUGUCCACAGUUUGAUGCACUUUAUGAGGAGCUGACAGCACGAGAGCACCUCCAGUUGUAUGCGAGGUUCAGGGGAAUCCCUGUCAAGGAAGAGAGCAAGGUGAUAGAAUGGACACUCCAUAAGUUAGGGCUAACCCAGUAUGCUGAUCGUGUUGUGGCCACCUACAGCGGUGGUAACAAGCGCAAGCUCUCAACUGCCAUUGCUCUCCUCGGUGGCCCUGCCGUUAUCUACCUGGAUGAGCCCACCACGGGCAUGGACCCGUACACGCGUCGUUUCCUUUGGGACUUGAUCCAUGACCUGGUUCAAGGUGGUCGUUCUGUCAUCUUGACCUCUCACAGCAUGGAAGAGUGCGAAGCCCUUUGUACCCGUCUGGCCAUCAUGGUGAAUGGGCACUUCAAGUGCCUAGGAAGUAUCCAGCACCUCAAGAAUAGGUUUGGUGAAGGCUACUGCGUCACAGCGCGCCUUCGUGACGGUGCCCCCACUGCCCGAGACACUGUUGCUGCUUGGUUUGACCGUGCCUUUCCAAAUGCCACACUUAAGGAGAAACACUUCAAUAUGCUCCAGUACGAAUUAAAGUCCAAAAGCCUGUCAUUAGCCUAUGUCUUCUGCCAGAUGGAACAAGCCCUAAAAGAGCUCCCUAUUGAAGAGUAUUCUGUGUGCCAAAACACCUUAGACAACGUGUUCAUCAAUUUUGUAAAACAGCAGUCUGAGAGAGGUCGGGAACCCACGUGGGCGGCAAGCAGACACGCAACUGAUGUGUUCCGACGGUUCCGACAUGUCCCUCUGGAUGACACCAUUGGAGACAGUGAUGAUGAUGACAUUCAGGAGCGUCUGCAAAAGUCGCAGAGUCAUCUGGAAUUUCUGAAUAUGGAUGUGGAGUGCUAAUGGCCAUUAUGCUGUCGACUGCAUUCGUGAAGGGAGUAGAAAAAGAGUGCUUGAAGCCUGUCGAGUGCCGCAGUUUUACAGUGUCCGAUGCAAGGAGUCAUGAGCAUGAGUAUUUGAAUCUCUGCUUUGUGCUCACUGUGAGAAGGAAAGGGAAAGAAGGAAAUGCACAUGUACCUACCUCGUUCUUUUCGAGCUAAACUUUGUUGAACAUAAUAGGUCGCAUAUAGUCAUGGGGUUUGGAGAACGUACAGCUCCGGUGUAUUUUUUUUUUUAUUUUCUCAUCAUUUGCUACCAGGCCAUCACACUUCACCUGUACAUAUCUGUUAUGUAGCCCUCCAGCGUGCUUCUGAUAAGCUAGGCACCCCUUUUGGUGUAGCGUACAGUAUAACAUAACCUUUAUACAAUGUUCACUAAGUGACGCUGGCAUAUUGGUCUUGCAUAAAAUGUGACCUAAUCCCAUUCAGCACAAAUUGUUGCAGUGAUAUUGCACCAAUAUUGCCACGCAAUAUUGAUGUUAUGUUGCUAAUGACAGCAACAAUGCUGCUACAAUGUUAUAAAAACAACAUUGCAAAAAUGUUGUAUGUCAAUGUUGAUACGACGUUGCUAAUGAUCGCCUUCAUUACGUUGCAGCAAUGUUGCAGAAACAACAUUGCAAAAAUAUAACAUUGCAAUGCUGAUGUGACAUUGCUAAGGACUGACUUCGUUAUUUUUCAACAAUGUUAGGGAAACAACAUCACAAAAACAUGACACUGCAAUGUUGAUGUAACAUUGCUAAUGACCAGUUAUUUUAUAUUGUAGCAACAUUACAAAAGCAACACUGGAGGAACACUGCAGUGUUGUCUUGGUGAUAUGUGUGCUAUGUAACACAGUAUGCUUAUAUACUUAGAGCCUGAAGUUUUCGGGAAAUAUUUUUUUCCCAAUUCUCUCUAAAUUUGCUCUAAAUUCAUGCGAAUGUGGGUGGAGAAACUUCCAGUAUGGUAAAUUUGUGGAGAAAACUGGCUCUAUUACUCCAGUGAGCUGUACUGGUUUGGUACAAACAGUGAUUGAUGUAAUUGUGUUUGCUGCCAAACAACCUAGUGUGCAUUCCUACAGACGUUUCAGUGAGGGCAAUGUGCCGGGUAAACAUCAGGUUUCACCCUAAAGAGGCAACCUUCAAUUCAGGGUGCAAAUUCGGGACAAGCACGACAAUUCAACCACGUGCUGGGUCUCUUGAAUCAUCUCUCAAAUUUAGGCAGCAUUGGCCAAAAACGGAGACACAAAAGCGUUACGACCGACCUCUUUCACUGACAGUAACGGAAAAUGAACAGUCACUGUCUAUUUUCUUGACUCAAUUGUUAUUUUGGUUUAAUUCUUUUGAUACGAAUUUCGAAUGAUACGAAUCUUUUCCGUUACCCUGUGAAAUUCGUAUCAUCGAGAUUCUACUGUAACUGCGAAGUUUCGUCAGUGUCCAAUGUGCAACAUUGCUCUUGCAACAGUUUUGCUCUACGCAUCCUUUGAAAUACAGCCGGCACAUUGGUACAAUGAUACUGCUGCAACGUUGAAAUCAGGUUGCUGAUGCGCUGUUUUCUGAGCAAUGCUAUCGCAGCAUUGCAUUCACAUUGCUUGCCAAACAUAACAUCAGCAAUGUAACUCCGACAUUUCAUCAGUGUAGCACGCAACAUUGCUUCGGCAACACAAUCACACUGUUAGCUCUACGCAUCUUCUUGAAUAGAGCAAAAACAUUGAAAUAAAGAUAUUGCACCAACAUUGAAUUUACGUUGCUGAUUAAGCAUUUUGGAAGAAAUGCAGUUACAACAUAGCAUUGACAUUUCUUGCAAAACAUUGCAUCAACAAUGUAAAUGCGACAUUACCUCAGUGUAACACAUUCAACAUUGCUUCAGUAACAUCAUCGCAAUGUUAGCUUUACACAAUUUUUAAAAUAUAGCAUGCACAUUGAAACAAAUAUAUUGCUACAACGAUGAAUUUGGGCAUGAAACACUGCUGCAACACUUCAACGUUCUGGUAACAUUGAUGCAACACAUUUGCAACAUGUUGUGCUGUCUUGGAUCCCAUGCCGAAUUCAUACUGAACUUGAAGAACGAAAAGGUAGCGUCUCCUUGGUAACGUCUCUUGGGAUUUGAUAUUGAAAACCUGCUUUGCUGGAAUUUUGUGGGAAAAUCCAAAUGUUGCCUCUUGUCUUUGAGUUCAAUGAUGGUAAGGCCACCAGGGAACCAAUCUUCAGCUUGGCGAUAUUGUGUAAUGCGCUUCUGAUAUCCUAAUAUAAGUCUAUCACAGGGGUCGGGAACAUUUGCAAUCCUAAGGGCCGCAUUUCAGCCCCCCCCCCCAUUAUUCAAGAGUCCUAACUUUUUAAGGGCGACCUCACAGACAUCAAAUCAAAGCCCCCGUCGGUACCGCUAAACUGCAUAUGUGAGGGGGCGCCACCCCUUCCACAGACGAUGUCUACAAAACUAACUUUGGAUAACUUUAUCUUAAACUAAACACUGACCCGCCUGUGUUGGUCCUGCAGCAAGGGCUAUUUCGUAAAGGAGGCUUCACCUCAUGCACGGAAGCAUCAGGUGAAGCCCACUUUCGGGUUGUGUCGUUCAUAUUCGUGGAAUAGUCGAAUAUUCGAGAAAUUGAAUAUUGGAUAUUCGAUUCGCGAAUCGAAUAGUUCGAGCGUUUGAUAUUCGAUUCGAAUUCGAGAACUCGAAUAUUCGCACACCCCUACAUUUAACCUGAAUAAGGUCGAACCUUACAUGUACAGCACAUCUACGUGAUAUAUGCGUAUGGACCUUCACAUGAGGCAGCAUGCACAUUGUUUUAUAGUACCCUCUUUCUGGAAUUUUUGAGCCUUCACGUGCAGCUUCAGAAACUAUAUUAGAAUAUAUUCAGUUUGAAAGCGAUAUCACUUUGGCUCGAGAUCGGAGUAUACGAUUACGUAUUCGAUUGAGAUUUAUUUAUUUAUUUAUUUAUUGAUGUACCUCAACUUCCCCCCAAGGGCGUUACAUGAGGAGAACACUGACAUGAAGGGGAACUCUGGUUUGGAAUUUAAUUAGGAUUGGAUAUCCAACUAUUCACUUUGCUACAGUAUUAAAGAAAUGCAGCCUUAUUUGUUUACAAUCCCUGCACAUGCCAAUACAGCCUUCAUGAGACAUCACAUGAUGUUUGGAGUCAGCCAAAAGGAAAAGUAACGAUAUCGCAAACUUUGUUCAACUUCAAGAUUGAGGCCCAUGUGGCUCUGCCUAUUGAGCCUAUUCUGCCUAGUCUGCUCUGCACACUCACUCAUGGGCGGCCAUCAUUGGUCACACAAACAAGACGUACUGUAUUUCUCCCUUGAUAUCAUUUAUGUCUAGUCAUUUUCUAAUUUUUAAUUUUUGCUAAUCUUUGUAUUGCUUAUGUUAGCACAUAGUGUUGCCGUUGAGACACUUGUGUUAAAAGAUAAUGUGUACACCAACAGUUUUUCUUCUGUUAGCGGUGUUGAGUAUCGAAGAAUGAAUUAUUUAUUUCUUGCGCCGGCCGCGGCUCGGCACCGGCGCAUGACGGUAGCGGGUGACGAUGGCGGCAGGUCCGCUACACAAUCCUUAUCCUGUAUAUCGUCGUGACACUGCAGCAGUACUUUUGCAUCUUCGGUAGCUUGGGAAGUAUGCCUUGCUGGUGCCGGCUCAACAUUGCGGCAUCAUUAGGAUAUUGCAGUGAACAAACCAGAUAAACAAAUUAUAGCUCUGUAAUGUUGCAUUAUAUUUUUUAUGAUAGGGUUGACAUAUGUGUAACUGCAUCUGGGGAUCUCGGGAAAACGGCUGGUGCAGGGGUGUUGAUUUGUUGGGCAACUGUGUUGCACCUGUCAGACCUGCCAACUGUGAGACCUGCAUAGUCAACUCAAUGGCUACGGAGCACCCUUGCUUAUGAGAAUUCAUUGAUUAUUAUCCAUCAAGCAGUCUCGUUUCCUACUGAAGGAGGCUGUUGUCUCCUGUGACUAUAGCCGUGAGGCAUUUUGCAUAAGACCCUAUAACAUUUUUAUGGCAUCAUAUCGUGUUAUAUUACAGUUGCCGUCCGAUUUUUCGGACUCGGCGGGGAUCGCGCAAGAGUCCGAAUAAUCGAGCAGUCCGAAAAAAAACGAAUUUCGCUUCAAAAUAAACUUUACUAAGCCCUAGUAGGCUGGAAAAAUUUGUCGAUGCUUUCCUAACGCGCUUCCAGCUCUGCCUAAUAACAUCAGCUUCUAUUUCCCGAAGCGACAUUUCGUCAGUGUAAGUACACUGACAGAGGCACCGCCGUCAUCAAGUCCGCAAGUCGGCUUCACCUAACGCAUGCGUGCUUAAGGUGAAGCUCGCUUUACAGCGCUGUCGCACGACUAGUGGGCGGACAGCAGGUGCUGGGCCGUUGGCCAAAAACAAAGACGCAAAAGCGCAACGACAGACCUCUUCUACUCAGAGGAAUGGAAAAUCAACAAUCAUCACUGCCUAUUUUUUUGCCUCAAUAUUUUAGUUGGUUGAUUUCUUCUGAUACGAAUUUCAGAUGAUACCAAUGUUUUCCGUCACCCCAUGAGAGAAAUUCGCGGGUUGGGCAAACAGAGUCCGAAAUAUCGAGCGACGGAGCUGCACGGCGUCCGAAAUUUUGGACGUUCUUAUACAUCACCUCUAUGGGACCCGCGGCCGUUCCGCGAAUGAGUCCGAAUAAUCGAGCAUGUCCGAAAAAUCGGUCGGCGACUGUAUGUUGUUAGGAGGAGCGAGCUGGCCAAAAAAAAUUAUUGUGGUGCAUAAUUCAAAAUUUAGAUUGAAAAUUCAAAAUAACAAAAAUUUCUGCAAAAUAUUGCGGUGAAAUUACACGAAUAAGUCCUGGAAGUAUGACAUUCACAGGAAUCAUUCUGACUCGUGGUCAAUCAGAGUUUGCCUUAGGUCCCUUGCACCCAGCCCUGUUCAGAAAUAUCAGUUGAACCUAGCAUGCAGAACAUGGUUGUGACAAGCUACAAAGUUAUAGCAUACGAGGUACCCUUUUAUAUAUGUGACAAUAUGUAAUAGAAAUAAAUUUUUGUUUACGGUCGGUUCAAUAUCGGAUAGAAAGCUGGCAUACCUAUAGCUCAGCACAUAAAAUCAGCUCCGUGAAGUCGUAACUGGAAACAAUUGUGCUCUGUUGUAUUUGCAGAGAACAGCCAAGCUGUAGGUCAGUCUGCUUUAUAAGAGGUAUGUUGUGGCAAGCACAACAACCACAAUUACUGCCUCUUUGGCCCCUCACGUUUUUGGGUGCUUGACACUGCACUCGCACUUUCGUAAUUGGUGUGACCCAAAAAGAUUUUGUUGAAAAGUUGAAAAAUGUUGUAUAUUAUGUAGCAAGCAUCAUCUGGAGCCUAUAUACGGCAUCAAUAUCUGUCUACAUGAGUGUUGGGAAAAUGCAGGAAAGAAAGGGAAAGAAUGCUGCAAUGUGCAGCAGAAAUUAUGGCAUAUUGCGCCUAUUGAUUGGCACUCAUUGCCGUUAUUGUAAGUUACAGUGGGUGCAUAUAUUAUAGGCGUUUCCUCGUUUGGACCUUUGUUGAAGUUUUCGCAGUUGUCCAGUUGCAGUGCACAAAUUUUGCACCCAAAAUACGUCAGAAUUGAGCUGGCAUUUGUCCUGUGAAGGGAUUUUAAUUGAGAACUGGUUAAAAUGUUUACACCCGAUAGGAGAUGUAAGACAGACUACGACAAAACAAUUAAACAUAAACCAUGGAAUAAAAAUAGUAAUUGCAGGUAGAGUAGAUCAUCUCCGCAGACAUUUUCUUGUUGAUUUGACUGCUUAUUGAACAACAUUCAAACACUCUUUUACGAACUAUAAUAGCACAUUUUAGUCAAGCGUGACUUUCACAGGCACACUUAAGUGCGUACUACCACAUACAAACAAGCAGAGUCAUUGGGAUGUUGUGCCAACCUGUAGUCGGUCUCUAGUUUCUGGGAGAAUUUCUUCGUAGCAACAGGACGGUUACGAUGAAGCUCGUGACAAAUGUGUUCCUGAGACUGAAUCUGUCAGUUUUCAUUGUGCGCCGUAUGUUUUCACACCCCAAUAGCUUACGCUUCCUGGCAUUAUUUUGUACGUCACUUUUGUGCCCUUAGAGCGAAGCUCUCAUUAAGCUUGUGAAGUGAUAAAUUGGGGGACUUGCACAACAACGUGUACGCCACAGUUCGGAAUACAAACUGUGUCAGGAAUUUGAAAUCAAAUUUCAAUACAAAGUCUUCAGGCUCUACUGGUCGCAUGUCCCAUAUGAUGUUCCUGUGUUGUGCUGAAGAACACAGGAACCAGAGUAAUUACUUUCUUUGGACACCACAGUCGUGCAAUAGAUACAGGCGCAGAUGCCUGUGGCUGCGUAGAUUUUUAAGUCUAUACAACGCAUAGUGGGCAAAGUUGCCUCUACAGGGUCGCAAGUUGUCAGUCGUACUUUGCAGUAAAGCAUAUUGUGUCUGCAAGGCAGUGAAGAUGAAGUUGCGAGUCUGUGUGUGUUGAAGUUGAACUGCAGAGCAUAGACCUGACCCUCUUACACAUGACCAUGCAUUAAUUACAAAACCAAUGUAGGUAACUUUAUUACAUCCUAGCUCCUUUUACCUGCCUGUCGUAAGGCACACCUAUUGAUUGACUGCUUGAUACUUAUUGACUGACUGAUCUGGACAUAAUGCAAAACGACAUCAAAGUGCACGUGAGCUUUCACGUACAAUCCUGCAUUACAUGCAGAAACUAUCAAGUGCUCAAAUCGUUUCAAGUGUGGACUCCUUCUGUUAUGUCACAUUAGCUCGAACCUGCAAAGUUUAAGUACCUGUGCAGGUGCCUUCUCUUAUAGUAUAAGCUGCAUUUAGUCACUUUAUACAUAUACUAAAUGGCAGUAUAUAUAUAGCCCACUGGUUCUCAACCUGCAGAAUUUGGGUGUUCAUGAACAUCAUACGAGAUUUCUACGUAUGUACAUAUGGAUCUCUGUAGCAUUAGUGUUAGUCAUAGGUCUCUCGAAGUUGCAGUGACAAAAUUACAGGUUCUGUCAAAUUCACAUGUUAACAACCACUGACCUAGACCGUUAUUACCAGUUAAAUAUGGAUCAGUGAACGCAGGGUGAACUCUCCAUCAAAGUAACAUCUGUGUUUCUUACUGCUUUUGGACUGGGACAUUCAGUAGGUCCGUCGAGAGUCAAAUUUGAGAGUGCCACAGAAUUCCGCAUCUCUGUCUCUUUUGCAAUAAAUGCUCAUUGUAACAUAGACAGUCGGCUUUUGCAGAAAGCGAAAUCUUGCACAGCACCGCUCUUUGUUUCUGACAAAUGGCAUUCAGUCCCCGUGUGGCACGUACAUUUUUUGCUCUCGAUGGGAUCUCCUCAGAAUAUCCAAACCUCGAUGUCCCCUAGAGAUUCUCUUUGCGACGUACAGAGGAUCUCCAGAGUUGGAUAUCCGCAACAACUGCAUUACACAUAAAUUUCAACAAUCUUUGACUCUGAGUAAUUGGCAUACUUUUGUCUCGAUUACUUUUGACUACUGCUCUAUAUUUGGGUGCACGUUACUGACUUUCACGCAGCAUAACACCAUGUAACAGAAUUUUUAAAAAUUUUGUUUAUUUAUUAUUAUUUUGAACUCCGGCCUAGUGUACAGGCACGCAUUGACGUUGCCUGGUCUGCUGAAGUGAAAGGCUGCUACAGUCAAGUUAGAGACAAAUGACAAGUAUAAGAGAUACCUUCCCAUGUACUGCGUCGAUAUGAUCUUGCUUUGAAACUGCCUUUCGUGAUGACCGUACGGGGAUGUGUGAGUUUGUGUGUGCACAGUUUGGCAAGAAGUUAGUGGCAGUUUAUCUAAGCAGUCUACUAAUAUCGCAAACGAACUGCUCUCUGUCUGGUGACUUUGUUACGCUACAGUGCAAUGCCUAUUCUUAGACUGUGACAUAUCAUUUGUAUUCGGUGUAUUCAUUGCCAAUAUUUUUUGAUUAUAGGUAUAUGUUUGUACUGCUUACCGAGGAUAGUUGUACAUAAUUUAUGUGCAUUUAUGUACCAAAGUUCCCCACCUCCUAUACUGGCUACAUCUUAUAUGAGCAUUUGCAUAAAAUGCUUACUUCCGAGGUCAGGAAGUUCCUCAUUUGUUUUUGUGCCUGCCAUUUCAGUAUACAUGUAUGUCAAUGGCUUCACCGUCAAGGUAAUGUUGUAGGUUAUGUUUGUGAAGCUCUGGUCGUUUAAUUUUUUUAUUCUGGUAUUACAAAAGUAAACGAAGUGGAA